UACUACUUCUACUCUCCAGCCAAGUCUAAGGACACUCACUCUUUGGUCAAGUCCUUCGCUACAUCCAUUCGUUCCGACCACACUUGUGGUCUCACAACAACCAUGUUGUUCAGCUCAUUGGCCUACUGGCUAUCCGUCGGCUCGCUCGCUGUGGCCAGUGCUAUUCCAGCUUCCUUGAUUGAGAGGCAGGAUGGUGCUUGCACAAACACACCGCGAACACGCCAAUGUUGGAGUGCUGGAUACAGCAUCGCCACAGACUUUGACGCGAAAGCUCCUCCGGCUGGUACCACAGUCACUUACAAUCUUGAAAUCACAAAUGUGACAAGACCGCACUUGGAUGGCACUGCCGGGACCAGGAUGUUCCAAUUGAUCAACGGCCAGUAUCCUGGUCCAACUAUCCGAGCAAAGUGGGGCGACACAAUUGUGGUCAAUGUUAAGAACAGCAUGCGCGACAAUGGAACGGGAAUCCACUGGCAUGGCAUCCGUCAACUCAACAGCUGUCAGCACGACGGCGUACCUGGGAUUACAGAAUGCCCUAUCGCCCCUGGCAAGACCCGCCAGUACAGAUUCAAGGCAACCCAGUUCGGCACGACCUGGUACCACUCUCACUGGUCAGCCCAGUACGGUGACGGUGUGCUUGGAACUAUGAUCAUCGAUGGACCUGCCUCGGUCAACUACGACGAGGACUUGGGUGUGCUGCCAAUCACAGACUACUACCACACCGAGGCGUUCACAGUGAAUGAAAUUGCACAGCAUUCACAAAGAGGUCCCCCUCUCCCCGACAACAUCCUCGUCAACGGCACGCACAUCAGUGCAACCGGCGGCGGCAAGUAUGCCAAGAUGACCGUCACCAAGGGCAAGAAGUACCGCAUCAGGAUCAUCAACACGUCCGUCGACAGCACAUUUAGUGUGUCCCUUGAUGGCCACCCCUUCACCGUCAUGACCGCCGACUUCGUCCCCAUCAAGCCCUACACCGCCGACCAACUCACCCUCGCCAUCGGCCAGCGCUACGACGUCAUGAUCGAAGCCAACCAAACCGCCGCCACCAACUACUGGUUCCGCGUCGGCUACGGCACCGCCUGCGGCAACAACAACAUCCUGACCUCGGGCAUCCAGCUCGGCGCCAUCCUCUCCUACACUGGCGCGCCCGACUCCAACCCCACCACCACGGGCGUCGCGCUGCGCACCGCCUGCGUCGACGAAGACCGCUUCAAACUGGUCCCCUUCGUGCCGAACACGGUCCCCGCCUCCGCCAUCGGCACGGCGGGCAAGAUUGACCUAAAGCUGCAAGCCGGCAACGUAGUGCGCUGGCUCCUGGACGGCUCGCCCAUGAUCGUCGACUGGAACAACCCAACCCUCGAGACGACGCUGGCGGGCUCCAACGCCUUCUACCCCAACGCCAACAUCCGCGAGCUGACCACCAGCAACUGGUACAUCUGGUACAUCGAGUCCACGGACGUGUUCCAGCUGCCGCACCCGAUCCACCUGCACGGCCACGACUUCUACGUCAUCGGCGAGGGCGCGGGCCAGUGGGACGGGUCCGCCAGCAGUCUCAAUCUGAAUAAUCCGCUGCGCCGCGACACGGCCACGAUGCCGGUGGGCGGGCACCUUGUUCUCGCGUUCCCGGCGGACAAUCCGGGCGCGUGGGUGAUGCAUUGCCAUAUCGCGUGGCACGCGAGCCAGGGCCUCGCGCUGCAGUUUCUGGAGCGCAAGGGCGAGAUCCAGAGCGUGAUUGGGAGUACGGCGGAUUUCAAGACGGGGUGUGAUGAGUGGGAUGGGUACUGGUUCCCGGGGAAUCACCCGUACAACAUGACGGACUCGGGUAUCUAAUAGGCGGUCUGGACUGGAAGGGUUUGGGG